AUGGGCACAACACAAAUUAUUUUCCACAUCCAAAACGACAUAAAUUAAUGAUAAUGUCCAGUCCCCCAGUGAAACAGAUGUAGAUACCUGCAUUAGAAUUCCUAAUCUAGAAUCCACUGUGAAUCAUUUAAGUAUUUGAACACCGACUAACUUCUGUAAUGUAGUACAUACAGAAGCAGCUUGGGCAAAAAUGUAUUAUAACAAAAGCACUCAGGAAGCAUUUUUAUGCAUUAUUAUUUACCUUUUGUUAGUGGGUUCACUUCAGGUGGCUGAGGAAGCACCAGCAGAUGCAUGGGUAGAGUCCUUCCCUGGCUACAUUGGAAGCCAGGCUUACAACAUAUAUGCCGGGUAUAUAACAAUCAGUGAGACUCAUGGUAGAGCUCUCUCUUACUAUUUUGUUGAAUCUGAAAGAAAUCCAAACAAAGACCCAGUUCUUCUGUGGCUUACUGGUGGUCCUGGUUGCUCAAGUUUCACUGGAUUUGCCUAUGAGAUUGGCCCAAUGUAUUUUGAUCUCAAUUACACUGGGGAUUUGCCCAAACUUAUCGACAAUCCACACUCUUGGACUAAGGUGUGCAACAUUAUUUUUCUUGAUUCUCCAGCUGGGACUGGGUUUUCCUACUCCAAUACAACUGAAGACUACAUUUUUGGAGAAUUUAAGAUUGUCUCAGAUGUGUACAUUUUUCUUACUAAGUGGUUUGAGGCAUACCCUGAGUUUCUAUCUAAUCCACUAUACAUUGGAGGAGAUUCUUAUUCGGGCGUUAUUGUACCAAUGUUGACACAGAAAAUAGCAGAUGGUAUCGAAGCAGGUGCAAAACCAGUCCUAAAUAUGAAGGGCUAUCUGGUUGGUAAUGGGAAGACAGAUGACAAAUUUGAUUUGGCACAAGUGCCCUUUGCACAUGGAAUGGCCCUCAUAUCAGAUGAAACAUAUGAGACAACAAAGGAGGCUUGCAAAGGUAAUUAUUCGUCCACAAAUUCUUCAUGUCUAUCCAAAUUGCAAUCAAUAUAUCAGCGACUUUUUGUUCAACUCAAUACUGCUAAUAUCCUCGACCCAAGUUGUUUCCCCAUUACAGUGAAGCAAGAAAAUGUAAGUGGCCAAAAAGAAACAACAAAGAGAUAUGGGAAAUUGGAAGUGCUUGAUCAGCUUAAUGAAGCAAGGAGCAGAAUGUCUAGUCAAGUUUGGUUCACUAGUUUCACAGCUCCAGAUGGAUAUCUCCGAAUUCCCCUUCAACUUGGUUAUGAAGACAGGCCUUGCCCUUCUCUGGACAAAUAUCACCUUUCAGCUAUCUGGGCAAAGAGUUCUUUUGUCAGAAAAGUAAUUCAUGUCCUACCGGAGAACAUAACAGGGGAGUGGAAAAGAUGUACUCCUCGUUUUAAAUAUAAACGUGAUGUCACAAGUGUGAUUAAAUAUCACCAAAAUUUAACCAAGAGAGGUUAUCGUGCUUUGAUCUACAGUGGCGAUCAUGAUUUGAUUAUGCCAUUCGUUGGAACUGAGGCAUGGAUCAGAUCAUUAGGAUAUUCAAUAGUUGAUGAAUGGAGAUCGUGGUUUGUAGACGGACAGGUUGCUGGAUACACAAGAACAUAUGAUCACAACCUAACAUUUGUAACUGUGAAGGGAGCUGGACAUACAGCCCCAGAAUACAAGCCAAGAGAAUCAUUUGCGAUGUUCAAACUAUGGAGUUCUGGAGAGCCUUUGUGAACAUUCAAUCAAGCCAUUAUUAUUGCCGUAUUCUUCAUUCAAUUUAAGAUAUUUAUUAUGACUUAUUCUUUUGUAUUAUUUUUCUAGCUUGUUCAAAAGGUUUUACACUUGAAGUGUGUUUAUUGAAACAAUGAGGUCUAACAUCCUUUCUCCCAUAAAGUUGUAUCUUCUAAAUCCUAAGGAAUUAGUAAUAGUAUGUUUUCCUCUGACUUAGGCCAGUAAAUAUAUUUCUCUGCUAGGAGCAGAUAAAAGUUUCAUUAUAUGUGAUCUAAAAGGAUCUCAAUCGAAGAGUGCAAUGUGGUUUGAAAAGUACAGAAUUGUUUUACUAGGCCUUAUAAUACUAGGAAACUGCCACAAGGUUUGUUGUCGUAAUAGAUCUGCGCCAUUCAUUGAGUAUCAGACUCUUGUCAUCGAUUUCCUGUUCAAACUAGCAGAGGAGAGGCAACUAGCAAGAAAAGAUGAUGUACAGAAACUCAUCCUCAUUUAUGGCAUCAUUGAAACACUUAUAAUAUCAUUUAGAAAAUUCUGAUUUUAAUGCA